CCGCCACGAGGAGCGCGCGUCGUUCAAUUACGUUUAUUCCAAUACCACGAGCUCGUGUUGUAACAUAACCACGUUUUACUCUCGUUCAAAUAAUUUUAUCUUCAUUCUUCAUUACUCAAUUUAAAUAAACAUUAAAUAACCGUACUAUUAUUUAUUAUUAUCAAUAUUAUUUAAUAAUUAUUAUCAGUCAAGUAUACUGAAUUGAAUAGUUUUUAAUAUACUCACGUUUAUCAAUAUUUGCAUAUAUAUUUAUUUAAAAAAAAAAUAAAAGUGAAUUUAAUAUAACUUUUCAUCAAAUACACUAUUGAGGAUAUUGAGGAAAUAAUUAUUUGUUCAAAAACAAGUGACUGUUGUGUAGUGCCACGCACGGAUUAGCGUUAUUUAAACGCACAAGUGAUUAAGAUAAUAAAUAACUAUUGGUUAUUGGUUUUAAUAAUUAAAUAUUUAAUUACUUUAUGGUGACAGUGUAACGGUGCUAAACUGGAUUCCAUCUUAUCAACGUACCCGGCUGAGCCGAGAAGCGACAAUCUCGACUUGUCACUGAACGUGCCACAGCAUCAUCAGGCAUCGUAUCACCACGACAGCGGUUAUAACAUGGCCGAUCAGACAUUUCACACUCCUAGUUUUGGAGAUGAAGAUUUCGAUAUUCCCGCAAUUCAUCCACAUCAACAUCAACAGCAACAUCAGCAGCAACAACAUCACCAGCAACAACACGAUCCCAUGCAUGGAUACCAGUCUCAGAUGAUGCAAGGUGGUGGAAUGCAACAAUCGCCAGAUGGUUUAAGUCUAGACUCUGGUGGAUAUCAACAACCCUUAUACCUUCAACAAGAACACUCAAUGCAGCCAAUCAAUGUCAGCUCGGCUUACACAAGUCCCCAAGGUUCAUAUACAUCAAUGAGUUCUCCUAAUCAACAACACGGUAAUCAGCAGCUGUUGUUACUGCAACAACAACACAAUCAACAUCAGCAACAACAACAACAGCAUCAACAACAAGUACAGAUGCAACAGCACAUGCAGUACAUGCACUCACAGCAACAGAUGCAGCAGCAGCAACAACAACAACAACAACAGCAACAACAGCAGCAACAACAACAGCAGCAGCAACAACAACAACAACAACAACAACAGCAGCAAAUUCAAUAUCGAAGUCCAACGGGUGGUAGUCCACCAGCCAUUCAACCCAAUGCCAUUCCUGAAAAUAAUAAUACUACUACCAGUGAAGAUAGUGAUGACAGUGCUCCUACUGCUGUUGUAGCUGGUAUUAAACGACCAUCACCAGAACCCGCAGAUGUGGUCAAAGUACAGAAAAAACCAAAAGUACAGAAGAAGAAGAAGAAAAGAGAUCCCAAUGAACCACAAAAACCCGUUUCCGCGUAUGCACUUUUCUUCCGUGAUACGCAAGCUGCUAUUAAAGGACAGAAUCCAAAUGCAAGCUUUGGAGAAGUAUCUAAAAUUGUAGCCUCUAUGUGGGAUGCUCUUGAUAGUGAUCACAAAAGUGUUUACAAGAAGAAGACUGAAGCUGCUAAAAAAGAAUACUUGAAAGCAUUAGCAGCGUACAGAGCAUCAGUAGUAAGUAAGAGUGCCAAUGAAAAUGAUCCUCAGCCUCCUCAACAGCAGCCGCAACAACAGCAACAACAGCCUCAGCAGCAACAACAACAACAGCAGCCACAACAACAAGCUGUUCAAUAUGGAGCAUACACUGGUUACGGUGGUAAUACAGGACCAGGAAAUGUAGCUUAUCAAGUUUACAGUCCGCAAUCUCACCAGCCACCCUCGCCGCAACAGCAACAGCACCAGCAGCAUCAGCAGCAACAGCAAAUGGCCAUUAAAAAAUCACCCCAUCAUCUUACUGGUAUGCAGCCUACUCAUCAGCAGCAACAACAGCCACAGCAGCAGGGUUUAAUGGGUAAUCCAAUGGCGUCGCACAUGACGCAGCAACAGCAUAUGCAACAGCAAGUUUCUCAGCAGCAAUAUAUGCAGCAGAUACCUCAACAACAAGUUCAAGUUCAACAGCAACAAAUAAUGCAUAUGAGUCCACCACGUGCUGAUUCUUUAUCGAGUCCACCACCAGUAUCCGGACCUCAAUCAAAUCACGGACAAAGGCAACCCUCAAACGUAUGCAUGCGUCAUGGAUGUCCAAAUCCGCCGAUCGUUAAUAGCGAGUGGGAAGAUGAGUAUUGCAGUAAUGAAUGCGUGGCUAGCCACUGCAGGUUUGUAGACGUAUUCACCGGAUGGGUCGCAUCGAACCAAAAUUCUCAACCGAAUUUUUCAACGGUUAAAUAAAUAAAUAAACAGAAGAAAUAAUAAUUAUAAUAAUAAAUUAUUAAUAUAAUAAAGAUGAAGAUGGAAAAUUUUUGAUUAUACUAGGAACUACAAGUUACAACUUUAUAAUUUACUUGUAUCGUAUAAAAAAUAAUGAAACCCGCAAGUUAUUCGUGGGAUCUGUUGACCCGUUAAACUAAAAAUAAGUUUACACAAUAUAUGUACAUAAGUUAGUGAUGAAAGAAAAAAUAAAGAAAAAAGAAAAAAAAAGAAUAUUGAAAUAAAAUAACAAAAAAAUUCAGAUUUGCUGGAGACAAAUCACGCAUUUAAUGAUCUGACAACGAUUCAGAUAAAUAAGGUUUCAAUUUUAUUAUAAGCCAAUCAAGAAGGCUAAUGAGCAAUUUGACUGUGAAUUAUUAACAAAAAAAAAAUUGUUAUUUAUCAAUUAACAAAAGUUAAAUAAUUAAUAACAAACAGUUUUUUUUUUCAGUACGUUUUGUAAAAUUUUAUCUGAUUAAAUAUUGAAAUUGUUGCACUUAAAGAUUUUUUUUUUAUUUAGUAUGAAAUUUAAAUUAUAUUUUAAAUUUUGAAUGUUCACUAAUUCAAAAUAUAAAGAUUAAUGAUGAUUGAAAUUUUUUAUCUAUUUUAAAAAUAUUAAUUAAUUUUAUUAUUUGAAUUAAAGAAAAAAAUGAUAAUAAAUAUAAAAUGUAUUUUUCAUGUAUCUUUCAAUGAUUAAAAUAAAUAAAUUUCAUCUUAAAUAAUAACAUAUUUAUAUACAUAUGAACUGAAUGUUGUACGAAGACAGCAAUUUUAAUGACUUAGAAUAAAAGUCACAUUCCUGAUUUAUUUAUUUCACUAUAUUUAUAUCAAUGUGUACACAAAAAUAUCUAAAAAAAAAAAAUAUAGUAAUAAUUAAAUGUAUUAAUAAUAAUAUUUACCUGCAUAUUUGACAGUUGAAUAGUAAUUAAAAGUACAAGAUUUAAAAAAUUAAUGACAGGAAAUAAAAGUUGAAAAAAAAAAAAGAAAGAAGAAAGGAAGGAAGUAAAAGCACAGACAAAUUACUGGCUAUAAUUUGAAUCCAGUUAAAUAAAUUUUAUUUUUAACAUUAUUAUAUUUAUAGUAAUCGAGUUAACUUCGGAUACGUAUACGUAUAUAUACUUAAAUGUCUGUAAUAAAAUUAUUAAAAAAAAAUGAUUGCAUUGUCUACUAAGAUCUUUAAUAACUUUAUUUAUUUAAACAAAAUUAUAUUUAUAAAAAAAACUUGAACAGUCACGUUGCUUGCACGAUUUUUUAUUAAAAUGAUUUAUAAAUUUACCAUUUUUUGCCAGCAUCAGGAAUUUUCAUAUUAUUUUUAUUAUUAUUAGUUGAUAUUAUUAUGUAUUAAUAUUAAUUUGGUAUUAUUUAAAGCCAGCGAUUAAUGCGCGAUGUACCUACAGUACACAUUUAUUAUUAUUAAUACUAUAACUUGGUAUUUUUAAUUUUUAAUUUAUGAGUAACGUGAAACGACUGCAGGAUUGUUUUUUAAUU